CAUUUAUUAUAUACCUAAUGAGAGAAUCUAAUGCAGUAAGUAUACAAAGUAGAAGAAGCCUUUUGACUUUGAGAAGUCUACUACCCAUUUGAAGGAAAAAGCUGUUAAAUCCUUGAGAGCAGGAAUCAUGCCUGAUUUAAUGAAUUCACCAGAUAUCACUGAGUACCUAAUAUGUGCCAGGCCUGGAACCUCUUAGGUAUUAUUUUCAGUACCCAGAAGAGUUCUACGCACAUAGUAGGGACUCAAUGUGGGUUGAGUUGUGGGUUGGCUGAUAGACAAGAAGCUUUUGGAGAACAAGUAUAAGGCAGCAUAUAACCAAGCGCAGGAAUGUAUCCUACAUGCUGGAUGGUAAUUUGGAGUCUUCAGCAGAGCGCAGGACACAUUAAGGAGGGCUGAUAUCAAUUUGAGAAGACUUCUCCUUUUCUACCUAGAGCUGUGAGGCCAGAGGAAGAGGUCCUGGCUAUACGUGUAUGUUCAUGUGGGUUGUUCUAAAUUGGUUGUCUUUGAAAACUGUGUAGGGAGGCAAUAAUGCCAACACAAGGAGAAGCACUGGGUCGGGAACAUAGAUACCUUAAUUUUAUUUCUAGCCAUAUAAUACAUAAAGCAAAGGAAUAAAAUGAUUCAUGCUGAUUCUACACAAAAGCCUUCCUUUGGCCCUUUCCCUCUUAUCCAAGCGCCAUGUUGUUAUUACCAAAUAAGUUCCCUGUGACUCCUCCAAAACUUUUGCUUUGUCCAAGCGUAUGACACACUGAAAGAGGAUGCUGAAGGUUUUGGAGUGAAGAACCUUCAGAGUUGGGUUGUUCCUGUCCAGGUUUUAGGGGCCAUCUCUUUUUGCCUUGGGGAUUUCAGAACUUGUAUCAGUUGCAAAGAGCUGUAGAAUUCAAUUACCCAGGGCUCUUUGCAGGGCUCUGAUCUAAUGAGGCCCUCGCCGACCCCCUAAACUCGAGUCAACCUCCUGCCAUAUGUUCCCAUAGCACCCUGUACUUCCUUAAUGCUAACACACACUGUGCUUUAUUGCAAUUAUGUGUUUGAUCUCUCCCCUUAAUCAAGGGAAAUAAAGGCAGUUAAGCUCAAUAAGGCAGGGACUCCUUGUUUGUCUUUUUAAGUGCUGUAUCUUCAGUGCCUCAGAAGAUGCCUGGCACCUGGUAACCACUUAAUAAUCUUACUAAAUGAAUGAAUGAAAGAGAAGAAUGACAUUGUAGGCAGAGGGAGCAUGAGGAGCCAAGACAAAGAGAAGUCUUGGCGUUUGUCCUCUGCUGAGCCAAGAUGGGUGACUGGAGCUACCUGGCAGAGUUCCUGGAGGAAGUACACAAGCACUCCACAGAGAUUGGCAAGGUCUGGCUCACAGUCCUCUUCAUAUUCCGCAUACUGGUGCUGGUCACGGCUGCUGAGUCAUCCUGGGGGGAUGAGCAGGCUGAUUUCCUGUGCGAUACGCUGCAGCCUGGCUGCGAGAACGUCUGCUACGACCAAGCCUUCCCCAUCUCGCACAUCCGCUAUUGGGUGCUGCAGGUCAUCUUCGUCUCCACACCGUCUUUGGUGUACCUGUUCCACACCAUGCACAGGGUGCGCAUGCAGGAGAAGCAGAGGCAACGGGAGGCAGAGAGGGCCAAACACGUGCAGGGCGCUGGCUCUUAUGAGUACCCAGUGGCUGAGAAGACAGCGCUGUCCUGCUGGGAGGAAGGGAAUGAAAAGAUUGUCCUCCAGGGCACUCUGCUCAACACCUAUGUCUGCAGCAUCCUGAUCCGCACGACCAUGGAGGUGGCCUUCAUUGUGGGCCAGUACCUCCUGUACGGGAUCUUCCUGGACACUCUGCAUGUCUGCCGCAGGAGUCCCUGCCCCCACCCCGUCAACUGUUAUGUAUCCCGGCCCACGGAGAAGAAUGUCUUCAUUGUCUUUAUGCUGGCUGUGGCAGGACUGUCCCUCUUCCUCAGCCUGGUUGAACUCUACCACCUGGGCUGGAAGAGGAUCAGACAGCGAUUUGCCAGGUCACGGCAGGGCAUGGCUGAGUGCCAGCUUCCUGGCCCCUCUGCUGGCAUAGUCCAGAAAUGCACACCACCGCUUGACUUCAAUCAGUGCCUCGAGAAUGGUCCUGGGGGGAAAUUUUUCAAUCCCUUCAGUAACAAGAUGGCCUCCCAGCAGAACAUAGACAACCUGGCCACAGAGCAAGUGCGAGAUCAGGAGCAGAUUCCUGGGGAAGGUUUCAUUCAUAUCCGUUAUGCCCAGAAGCCUGAGGUACCCAAUGGAGUCUCCCCAGGUCACCGCCUCCCCCAUUGUUACCAGAAUGACAAGCCUCGUCUCAGCAAGGCCAGCAGCAAGGCCAGGUCAGAUGACCUAUCAGUGUGAGCCUCCAGCGUGAGGGAACCAGAACCAAGGGGGAACAAAGGAGGCUCAGAGAGGGAAGACGUGUCCGUUCUGACCGCGUCUCUCUCAUUCUCAUCACUGCUCUGCUCCUUUUGGGCUCUGGAUCUCAAUAGCAUUGCUCAUUUAUUCCAGAAGGUAUGACCAGGGCUCAGCAAGUGCAGUCAGAGACAUGGCUACCCACCCAGGCUGCUGUCCCUUCCCAAUCCUCUACCCAGUGUACUCAGUGAAGCCUUUCAGUUUACUCAUUGGACAAGGAAGAGGAAGAGAAGGGAACCAUGGCAAAUCUGGCCUGGGACAGAUAGCCAGAGGGACAAGAUGACUCUCUCUACAUGAGCCAAAUACCAGAUGGGUUCUCCAAGUCUCUAUGGCUUCUGUGUGUGUGCGUGUGUGUGUGUGAGGGAGAUUGUCACUGAGCUAACAUCUGUGCCAAUCUUCCUCUACUUUAUAUGGGAUGCUGCCACAGUAUGGCUUGAAGAGGUGUGCUAGGUCUGUGCCCAGGAUUUGAACCUGUGAACCCCAGGCCGCUGGAGCAGAGCAUGAGAACUUAACCACUAUCCAACUGGGCGGGCCCUCCUUUUGGCUUUCCUGACCUGAUCUCUCUUCCUGCUGCAAGGAAGAGCCCAAAGUUCCCAGCCAAUAAAGAGCAUGAAUGAAGGAACUUGUGUUAGAUGUGCCGUUCAAUCUAUUGUCUCCUUGGGCCAUACUUUAGAGUUCUGGUGAGGUUUCUUUAGGCCGCCCUUGGCUACCCCCUCCCUCUACCCAGUCUUACUUAAAAAGAGGUCAUUGGAACUUGAUCAGCAGCCUCAGCUUUACAAGUGCCUUGAUCUGUACCUCUGGCAAAUGUCCCACCUUGGUGAUGUUGCAGCCUUUCCUUCUGGCAGAGUGUACAAGCAGCCUAAGAAAGUGCAAGCUCCUCUAGGGAGUCACUGUGUACACAGACUCCACUGGAAUUCCUGCCACCACCUGUCAUCCUGUGGCUCUUUUACAGUUCAACCCAAUGAUAGAAACCAUCCCUUCUCUUUCUCCCUUGGCUGUUCACUCAGUGUUCCUCCAAAGACCCUAUCAACUGGAAUGCCCCAGAAACUGUCAUCGUCUCUCAGAUCUUGACCAGAUCACAGCCAUGGAGACCAGUGGAAUUUCCCUGGACCUAUUAAAACAAAGAGGGCAUUGUGCUUCUAAGAUUCCCCUUGGGAAAAAAUAAUUCUGCUGUGAAGAUGAAAAUAAAAAAGGAGAGAAAAUACUGGAAAAGGAUAUUUCCCUCCUAUUUAUUUCCCUUGCUAACUGUCAACUUAAGAGUGCCAAGAGGUGGUGCCAUGACAGCUAUAGAGGCUCCCCAGAUCGCUCUCUCCCUGGAGGAUUUAGUCGGGGCAUGGAAGCAGUAGGGGAAUCUCCAGCUCCCUUGGCAGGGCCCUUGUUUAAGAGCAUAGAGAUUCCUAUGGUGCUCCUGAUGAGACUGCCACAUGGGGACUUCAAAAAAGCCCUGCCUUCCCCAGGGACUGGCCUGGUUUCUCUAUUCAGUCCACUCAUAAUGGGUGGUUGCCAUUUUGGAUGAAGAUAAAGGAUACUCAAAACUGAAUACCAAGACUUAUAGGGAGAUGAUUACUUUCUAAAAUGCAUAUGUGUGUGUGUACACGUGCUGAUAGACCGGGUGAAGGAGAGGGGAGUCCUGAAAUAAGGAAAGGAAAUCUUAGGGAAAAUUGUGUCUUCCUGCCCUCCUUUCUAGAUGCCUGGCAGAGAGCCUGAGCCUCACUGUUUUCAGUAUCAUCAGCCUAAACAGAUAGGCAUGAAAAGUAGGAACAGAGGAGGGUGAAGGCUCAGAAGGAGGCUCAGCCUCUGCCUUACCUGCCCAUCUCUAGGCCCCUCUGUUGAUACCUAGAUGUUAUUGGUAGGUGGAAAGAAGGGUGAAGAUAGAGAGGUGGAGGGAACUGAUUGGGAUGCCAGUUAGAAAAGAAUGACUGGUCAUCCCAGGUCCCUGGAGGGGGCACCUUUCUAUAUUGUCUGGCAUUGGCAUUGACUUUCUCUCUCUCUCUCUCUCUCGAAAAAAAAAAAAAAAAAAAAAAGCCUCUCUCUCCUUCCAUCUCUGAAAUGUGUUUGUUUCAUGAAACGAGUGUUCCUGGAUUAUAAAUUCUGUGAGACCAGUCCUUGAUGAUGUGGCUUCCAGGAAAGAAAAAGCUGUAAAUGUGUAGUUUGUCUUAAUAAAAUUUGGCCCUACAUCAA